UGAAGCCGUAGUGUAAACCCUACAUAUACUCGGCACAGUAGCGCGCUGCCGUCGCAGACAGAGAGCAGUCUCGAGAAACAGAGCAGACGCCAUGGAUCCGCCGCACCCUCCACACCACCACCACCACCACAGGCUCCACCUCCGCCUCGACCCCGGCCACCACCACCGCAUCCACAUCCACCUCCGCCACCACGCCGCCCACCUCCUCCCCGCCGCCGCUCCCUGUGCCCACCACCACCACCACGCAUCGGUUCCUCUUCCUCCUCCCCACCCGCCGACCGCGGCGGAAGGACCCCUCGCGGGGCCGCAGGGAGAGGCGGCGAGGGACGCGGAGGAGCCGGCGCCGCAGGCGGAGCGAGGAGAGGAAGUUUACCUCGGGCAAGAAGGGUGGGAAGAGGAGGAGGAGCCGGUGUUCGUCCUGACGGAGGAGUGGGCCGAGUUCUUCGCCAAGGCCGACGCCAAGAGGAGGCUGGCCAAGCAGCAGAAGAAGAACCGGAAGAAAUAGGAGCGCCGCGGCUCAAGCGACGACGGAGAUGCAGACCGGACAGGGGCCCGGCUUAUACCACAGCUUAUGAUGCUCCGGAUUUUUUUUACGAGGGAAGACAUUUUGCGAGAGGAGAUGACAGAACUUUUGUUUCGAGAGGGAGCUUGGUUCUUGCCUUUUAAGAAGACACCAAAACGGAAUUUUAUAUCCGAUAAUAUAAUAGUAAUAAUCACAA